GAAAAAGGAUUUUCUGUGAUGCGAAAAUAGAAGUUCGGUCGCGUGGGUCGUGAAGUCGUGCACGAUCUGCGUGCAUACGACUUUUUAUUUGCACGAGGAGAGAAACGACAGAACGGUAACGGUACAGGAUGCUCUAGAUAUAAUUCGUGGCAAUUCCGUGGGUGAAUUGGCAGCCAUUUUUAAACUGCUUACUUAGUAUAAUGGACUAGGAAGGAUAAUGAAUAAUGAUAAAUCGGAUCGCGAGAUGGUAAUAUGUAAACGCGUGGGAUCGAAUGUAGCGUGAAAUCGAUCAUCCGUGAAGAGGACGGAGCGAAGGGAAAAGGGAAAAGGAGGAGAGAUAUAUCGCCCGUUCCCCCCGUGUUCGGAAUCGAGGAGGAGUGUGGAUAUAUUCGUUUCUAGUGGACGGUGCUCGAGCGGAUGCACUUGUUCACCGUGAAAUUGAUGAAAUGGUGAACUGUCAACACUUCUCGAGGAUGAUAAUAUGAAUAUUAGCCGAGUUGUUCGCGUUGUGAACGGGGAAGAGAAUCGGUUCGAUUACGGAAGGUUAACCGUGGGGAUCGCGACGGCCGGAGGAUAUCGUUCGAGGCCGAGCCAACGACGAUGUCGGUUUUAACAUGCAACGGAACGACGGAUGCAAAGAUCGUAGCUCUCGAAUGCUAAGUUUCCAUAAUAAUGGCAGAUAAUGUACACAAAAAAUCGCAUAAGUUGUCGGACGGUAGUAGAAAGGCAUCGAAUCCAGUGCAUCGUACGACUACCGAGACGAUUCGAUUAGGGGAACCCGAGAAACUGUACCAGCCGGUUAGUCUGACCAGUUCGAGUAAUCAGUGUCGGAAAAAGACAUCGUCCUUCCAGAUAACGAGCGUCACCGUCGGCUCGCGUAUGAGCAAUGACGCCGGCGAGGACUCGAACGACGACCUCGACGAAUCCCAUACGGAAGACAACUCGGUCGAACACUCGCGCAUCACGGACAUCGAAACGCCUAGCUACUCCGAGGACACCUUCUCCAAGGAGGACGUGUUCUUUAACACCAGCAACGCUGCCCUCAGCACCGCUCCGGUGAUUCCCACGAGCUCCCAGUAUGGUCUGGCGAUCGUUCCUUCCGAGGGUAACAGCGUUAGCAACUCGGUAAACGACAGCAAUAUCAAUACAUUGGAUAUUACUUCGGUCACAGACAACAAUAUCAUUAAUUUGCUUUCGAGUAACGCGAAGCAAGAUGCUGACCUACGCGAGGUACACUCGCACGGCAGAAACGAGAGAUUCAAAGUGGUCAAGAUUGAGAGUACAGAGCCUUUUAAGAGGGGCAGAUGGACUUGCAUGGAUUAUUUGGAUCACACGUCGGUCAAUCAGCCAACAGCGAUCAGCACGCCGAAAGUGUCCGAUCCGAAUGAGGUAUGCAUAUCUUACGGGGUAACAGACAGUGGAAUAGUUAUACCCGAUGCACCCAAGCAAUCGGUCGUGUCAGAGGACAAAGGUAUGAGCAUCGAUGCCAAUGGACAAGUACCCGCGCAUCAGGACGUGCAUUCGUCGAUCGGUGUGUCGAACAAUCCUACGCCAGCUUCGAGUGCAAAUUAUACAGUAAGCAAUUCAAUCCCCCCCAAUGCACAGCAUAAUCCGACGCAAGUUCAAACACAGACUAAAAUUCAGACACCCUCUCAAAUUCCUCAAUACUUUCAAUCGUCGACCCAACAACUGGCACCCCAACAACAACAGCAGCAGCAGCAGCAACAACAACAACAGCAACAACAACAGCAGCAGCAGCAACCACAGCAAGGUGGACAGGCGUCGUUGCCUUCCAAUCUUCAACCGACCCAUCCCAAUAAUCUGACUCAACCCCAAAGUUUGCCCCAAAGUUCUAUUUCUAUUAUAACGCAGAGUGGUAGCAGCAAUGUGACACCCCAACAGAGCAUACCUCAUUCGAAGGAAGAUACGUACGUGACCGUGAACGCGCAGAGUCAAUCAUUACCGGUUCAAAAUGUUUGUCAACCUUCCGUACAGCAGACACCUGUACCGACGUCUCAGACGCCUGCCAUUCUCGUCACGCAACAACAGCAACCGCAACAUCCCGCGACUCAGUCGCAACCGCAACAGCAACAACAGCAGCAGCAGCAGCAGCAGCCGCCGGCUCUCUUACAACAACAACAGCAGCAGCAGCAAUCUCAGCAAUCGUUGCAAACGCAAAAGUCGAUCACGCAAAUGUCCGAACCGUUGACUGCCAUACAGGGAAUGCAGGGCAUCCAAAACAUUCAUAAAGUUCCUCAGACUGGUGCGCAGCAAGCCUCGUCGAGUAUUCAUGCUCCCGGAGCGACGGGGGUGCAGUCGCAAGUGAUACCGCCGUCUACUCAGAUGCAGCCACCGGCUUCUGGUAGCAAUGCUCAAGUGCAAAUGGCCCAGGUAUCGGCUAGCUGCCAGAGCGUCGUCGGUGGUAUGCAGCAGGGAAGCAUAGCGUUUCAUCAACCGGACCCGGAGCAGGACUCCAUUUCAGGGAUAGUAGCUGGAUCCACCACCCAAUCGGCCGACACGACACUCUUGGAAUCGUUGACGGAAGUCACUCAAGGUACCGACGAACAUCAUACCCUCGAGGAUAAUGAAAGUAUGUCCGGGACUAGCGCCGUAGCAAUUGAUAAUAAGAUUGAACAAGCUAUGGAUCUUGUUAAGAGCCAUUUGAUGUUUGCUGUACGGGAGGAAGUCGAAGUACUGAAAGAAAAGAUAGCCGAGCUUAUGGACCGUAUAAAUCAACUGGAAGCAGAAAACGCUAUUCUGAAAGCGCACGCGACCCCGGAAACGUUGGCUCAAUUGAGCCAGUCGGCGAAUAAAUUAUCCCAAAACAAUUCAGGAAGUGGUCAAUAGAGCGUCUUCCGAAGCUAGUAGCAUCAACAGCUGCGCUGGGGACAGCUCUAACAGCAUACCAGUUAUCUUAGCAGCCAAUGUCGGUUGC